AUGGUCAAUUCAGCAUUGAAAAUCAAUAACUUCAACGAUUUCAAAAGAAAAGGAAAUAUACGGCAGCUAUUUAACGCCAUGGAUUUUGAAUCAUUAAUGUUUCCUUGCAUCACUUUUUGCCGCAUUUUGGGAACAUUUCCAUAUAAAAUCAACGCUUACACUAUUAAAACUAAUAAGUUCUGUUACUUCUUAUCGAUCAUUGUUAUUUGCAUUUUAUCCAUUUCUGAUUUAUAUACUCUCUAUAAGCUUGAUUAUAAAGUCGUCUACAACCAUAUCAACAAUAUAACGUCGGUACCUGAUAGUAAUGAUCUUAAAACUCCCGAGCUACUUGAACGUAACUGCUUUUACAUUUUCGGUGGUUUUACAUCAGUCAUCACAUUCUUUUUGAGUGGAUCGAGAAUGCGUGUACUUCAGGAUAUACUAGAGAUAUCUUCAAAAUUGUCUCAGAAAUCAUAUCAAAAUCUAUCUGAACUGAUUCAUGCCAAGGACAUUUUUGGAUUUUUUUUAAUAAUCAUACAAAUAUUGAUGUACUAUCAGGGACAUUAUGGAAAACGUUAUGAUUAUUUAGCCAAGCCUUUGAUACUAUAUCUCCAUUUGCUGGAAUUCCAAAUGAACAUGCUGUAUAUGAAUUGUGUUUGCGUAUUGAAAGUUUGUUUUAAACAAAUCAACGAUGGUUUAAGGUUUUUUCAAAAAUUUAUGCCAAAUGAUGAACCGAGUCUUUUAGAAGUAACUUAUCAAAAGCAGAAGAAUCCAUUCCAUCUGUUGCAACUCAAGGGUCUGAUAAAACAGCAUCAGACAAUUAGCAACACACUAGAAAAGUUACAAGCGACAUUCAAAUGGCAACUUCUUUCUACGUCUGUCAUGACCUUUAUUGAAAUCACUUUCAAUAUAUACUUUCUUUUCGAACGAAUGCAAGGAAAAAAAGAGCUGUCUCUAACAAACCUGAAGGAAAAUUAUGAUCUCAUUGUAUUUUCAAUAAAUUAUUGUAUAAAAAUAUUAUUGAUAGUAUGGGCUUGUGAAACUGGCAAGAAUGAAGCCACAGAGAUCAAAACCAGCAUUCACGAAGUGAUUAACAAUACUAGCGAUGAAGAAAUACAAUCCGAGGUAGAUUUCAAAAUAAAUUAA